AUGCCUGUCAUUUUUAGAUUAGAUUUUGCUGCCAAAGCCUUUACUGUCCUGUGGACGGUAAAGGCUAGGACGGACAGCAUCACCAUCGUAAGCUGCAUCUACUUUAAGGCAUCGUUCUUACACUUGAGCAGUGAGGUAAUUACGGAUGCUGUAAGGCAAAGUGGACUUUGUAAGGACCCGCGCAGUUCAUCGAGUAGUGAAUCAGAAGAUGAACCGGUGAACAAACUCCGCAGGUUGUCAACAUCAUCUGUGUCUUGCGGGUCAUGCUGUGGCUCCCCUUGCCCUUCUCCUUGCCCAGACUCGCGCUCCCGUCACACACGCUGCGGCAGACCGCGGCGUUGGUCGGCCUACGACUCCAGCCUAUCUGAGUCGGGCUCAUACAUCGAGACCCCACUGGCCACCUCAUGCAGCAGCCACGCUCAUGAGACCAAGGAUGACUACGUGUGUGUAAGCGGGGAGAGCGAGUGCGGUGUGGCUCCUUUCCUGCCCACCCCUACCACACAGCCCCAACCUGAACCAAUGGUGGUCGAGCCUGAAGAGCAGCCCCUUGCCGCCACACCCAGUACGGAUCUUCAAAACUUGGAGACUCCUGACGUGGGCUGCACCAGCUAUAAGAGCUUGGCCUUGGGUGUGCAGGAUCACGACAUGGUGGGCAGUGCCGGCCUAGACACAGUGCGUGCUCGCUGUGGUCAGCAACCUUCAGCAGAUAUUCUGGCAGAAGUCGCCAUGAUCCAGGACGCAGUUAAGUCACCUACUGCCACUGCCACCGCUAUUGACGGAGAGAUGGAAAAUGUGAAUCAGGUAAAUGGUAACACGAUGAUUUCCCCUGCAGCCACUGAGGACUCAGGUUUAAACCUAACAUCCCCUUCAACAGAGGCAUCUGUCAGCAGUGAGACAAGCCCAGCAAGGGAGUCGCCCUCCAAAACCAGUUGUACCAACGUUGAACGGCCUUCGCCUAACUGUGCCACUUUUGAUUUUAAACACCAAGACACGGAUACCGAAGAAGCUGCCACCAACACCACGACUAGUACUGCUACCGCUGCCUGCCAAGCUAAUCUUAAUCUUGUCGACUAUGAUCCCUCUAGGAACCGUGUGUACCAGAUUCGUCGCCGAGCAAUCACUACGGUGCGUCGCGUAUCUGCCCGAACAAGGCUAGAAUUCAGUGGUGACGAAGAAGUGGACCAAGAAGCUCUCCAAAAAAUCAUAGACACAGCUGUGCCAGAUGAUUUGGAUUGGCUGAAUUCGAACAUGCCGAGUGACAUAGAUUUUAGUGGCGGUGAAGAGGAAUACGAAGCGCCAGUUCAUGAGCAGAUGGACACAGGUAGUGAUGGUGGUACUGCUGGACAGCAGCAACACACACCCGAGCAGCAUCAGGGGCAGCACGAGACUCAACGAGCCAUGAGUAAAGAGUCACUCACUAGGCUGGUUAGUGACGCAGAACGCCUGGUACGAGAGCCAGUCGAGAGUGAUGAACCACCGCCAGUAGUCUCCCCGCGACCACAUCUCCAGCUGCCGCUGCCACUGAACGGCGGCUCUGGAUACGGUGGGGUGAGCAGCAAACAGGCGCGAGUGAAACAGUGGAUCGCCUCUCAGCGACGUGAAGUGCGUCACUCCGCCACAUGUGUCCUGGACUCCUGUGAUGCUUCCGGAGAACUGACAACCGGUGAGAGUGACAUCGAGUCCGCUUCGUCUGAUGACAUGGACGCCUCUACUGCUACUCAACAUGCCACCUCCACCAGAAGUUCUGUAAGGGGCUCUCUAAGGGGUUCCCGUGAUCCUCUCCCAUCCGCUGAUAACACCCCAACCACAGAGCGUAUCAACGUCCUCCCAUUGGCUGCUGACGCCGCGCAAACCAAGGUUGUUCUACGUAACCGAAAGCGUCGGUCCGGCGAGCAGCGACCGUGGAGUGUGAGUGAACUGUACCAGCUGGCAACACACCUCGACCUGGCCCCUUACUCUGUAUCGGAAACUGCUCUCCACAACUUGCUUACUGCUACCCCAGAGACACCGACAAAUGACAAUCAGGCCUUUGGAAUGGGCCAACGAGAUGUGAUAGCCACUGGCAGCUCCUCACUGGCGGAUUGCACCACACCUACAACCACCACAACCACCACCACCAAUCCUACCACUGCCAGUACCCCCACCACUGCCACCUUCAGCAACAUCUCUAACUCUGCCAUUAUCACCACCUCCAUAACCCCAUCCACUGGGCGCAUUUCACCAACAACAGGAACGGGUUCCCUCCGGAGAAGGAAGACGAGAGCUCGCAGGAAGUCUAACCUCUCUCUGGGAAGACGAACGGAUUCAGGGUCGGAAGGCAUCACGCUGAACUUGUCUGGAGGUUCUGACAGUAUUCACAUGUCACCCAGUCGUCGUCUUUCCCUUUCGAAGUCACACUCGUCUGGUUCGGACACAACCUCACACUCCAGGAGACAUAUUGUCAAGAGUUCGUCAUUCUCUGGUGAAGCUCGUCGUACGUUCUGCGGGAUGACCCCCUCCACCGAGAAGUGUGUCUCAGACUGUGGAGGCGUGUUGGGCGUGCCACGUACUGUUUUACAUGUUCACGGUGAGAACCACUACACAAGUGAUGACUCGCGUCCCUGUAGCCCUGUGCCUGUGAUCAAAGAGCUGGCGUCUAACCCUAGUCCAGCCCACGCACCCCACAGCGCCCCUCAUAUGAGUGACCAGGACGGCCAAAACACUCACGAGGACAUGAGCUCAUUGUCAGAGCAAGCCUGGGAUCCUUAUCAGGAGUACAAGUACCUGAGUGAACCCUACUCUGAGGACAUUGACCAAGAGGCAGCACGACGACUGCUAGAGUUCGGAGAUGACUAUCGGAAGUACAUAGAUUCCGAUGGUGCGUCCUCCUUUUCUGGCAUCCCUCACAGGGGGCGCCGUUCCCCACAUCAUCGUCGUCUUCGCUCCUUGGCACCUCCGGGACCUCGCGACUUGGAUUCUGACUCUGACUUGGACGAUCUGCAUCAUGUGAUUGACGAGUCCAGGUCUCAGCUCACAGUCACUGAGAACGUCUUGAAGAAGUACUCCAACGAAGCUGCCUUGGGGUUGGAUUAUGCAGAACUGGUGGCUACAACACAGACGAACAUCAAGUGUCUGGCAGAGGUGGUGCGGCACUUACAGAUGGAGGGAACUCUGGAACCCGAGCUGCAGGAGGUCCAAAGCUGGGCCUCCACGUCAGACGACUCCCCCGCCCCCUUGGAUCCAGGCACGACCCUGCCCCUCCCCGGGACCCACGCUACUAGAAAAGUUCCAAAAGUUACUAGGUUGCUAAGGGAAACUCAAGUUUUGGCUGCUGCUGCAGUAGUGGCUGUUUCAGCAGUUGCAUCUAGUGAUUGUGGGUUGAAGGUGCAGAUUUUGGUAUGUGGUGUGGUUGUUAUCGAUGGUAACCGUGUGAGACUGGGUGGUGAGAAGGGGGAAGAUAUUGGUCUUGGAGAGCUGCCGUGUGGUGUAGGCCGCGAGUGGCGCCCGAAGGCCAACUCUGGAUCUGUUGCACAUCGACUAGUCAUACAUACCUCACGUACUAAUACAUGUACAAAGUUCGUAGCGUCACACCAGUACCUCACCUUCUUUGACUACACCAGUAUAUGGCUUGGUCUCUCACCAGUACCUAACCAUGUUCCUGAAACCACACUAACACUUAACCAUGUUCCUGAAGCCACACUAACACUUAAACAUGCUCCUGAAGCCACACUAAUACUUAACCAUGUUCAUGCUGUCAAGCUAGUAUAUAACCAUAUUCCUUCAGCCACAUUAGUACUUAACCAUGUUCAUGCAGCCACACUAGUAUCUAACCAUGCCCAUGCAGUCACACUAGUACCUAACCAAGUUCAUGCAGCCACACUAGUACCUAACCAUGUGAAUGUAGCCACAGCAUUACAGGCCCUGCAGCAGGAAGUGUCUGCACGCAAGAUAGAGGUGUCAAGCAUCAACCUGGCAGUGCACAGAUUUCUCACAGACACUGGCUACUCCCUGGCACGCCUUAAGGAUGAUGUUGCAGACCUUUUCAGGCUCUGGGAUGAGGCUGACAGACGGGUGAGCAGCGAGUUGACUCGUUUGGGUGUUGUGGAGGAUACCUGGAAACGGUGGGAGACGGAGGCAGACGAGUUAUCCAGGGCACUAAGGCAAGAUGGGGACACACUUAAGGUCUUAGAUGCUGCUAUACAAACUGGGUCAUUGACAGACACUGUGACAGCCUCAGUACAGGGCGUAGCACGGCUGCUGAAUGACAGACGCAAGACCCAGCCAGGCAAGAAGCUGUUAUUGCAGCACACUAAGGCACAGGUAAGGAAUACAAUGCCAUUAUUCACGCUAUCAACUGCUGAGACUGAGUUGAAAGGAUUGCAGAAGCAUUGCCGAGAGUUAGUGGUCCGAUCUGCAGAGACCCUUGACCAGGCAAAGACGUCACCACAGCUCAGGAGACGCAGUUGGACAAGAGACUCAAAGGUUGGAAGAGCUUCCCGCCGAGGCAACAGCAUAGGUGGAGUGAGCGGGCGUCGAGGGUGGAUGUGGAGAGUAGUGCGAGCAGCAUUACCAUUCCAGGCUGCCCUCUUGCUGUUGUUCUGUGUAGCAUGCUUGUUAGAACCAAACUGUUGUGACCAUGUUAACACCCUUAAUCUAUCACUGAGUCCUCAGGUUCGCUAUGUACAUGGUCCCCCACCCGUCUGAGCCCCAGUGACAUGCUAUACUGUAUAUUUGUUCCUUAGCCUGUUCUCAAAGCCAGGCAUAAAUAGCCUGCUCCCAUGUACAUACCAUGGUCUGGUGUACAUAUAUGGCAAGCUACACACCCUGGAUUGAUUUGAUUCUAUGGACAUGCUAUGUGGAGUUGCAUACAUCUUCAAGAAUGCUCUUAACCAGGAGUGCAGCGAGCCACCUGGGUGAAAUAACAUGGCCAGAUGUGGUGGCUGUGUUAAGGACAGGACAGUUAAAGGCCCUGCCAUGCAGGACGUGAUGCUAGCUGUUCAUGCCUCUGAAGGGGAGUGGCUUGCGUCCUGCACACACACACCCAUGUACUACUUUUACAUGUUGGUUUCGUAUUUUUCUAUAAAUUUCAUAAGUUAUACCUUGAUAAAGUAUGACAAAUUAGUGAUUUUGGGUAAAAUUGCCAGUGUUUAGUAGGUGUGAUAAUAUUGUGUAAGAUGUAUCUAGUAAAUCUGGGUUGUAUGUAUUAUAUAGAGCAGUGUGAAUAUUUGAUACAAGUGUUCUGUAUAUUUAUUUAUUUUCUAACAGAAAUAAAUCACUGAUUUAUUCAAGACAAGCAUGCAAGUACAGUGGAUGAUUGUACAAUAUUGACUUUUUGGUGAUUUUCCAAAUGAUGAUAGUGUAUGGAACCAUGAAAUAGUGCUUUCCAAGCAAUAAGUUUCCGACAAUACCGAUUAUGACCAAAUAGGUCUCCCAGUUGUGGAGGAGAGGAAUAAUGCAUGCAUUCAACCUUCUGAAGGUAAAAGAGUUGCUAGGAAUGUCUUGCCUGGAUUUGUUAAAUCACAGGGAACUUCUUCCUCUCCUGGCUGAGGGUGGAUUGAGUUCAAAACCCUUAACUCUGGUGUGGCUUGGGGUGACAGACAUGUGGACCCCAUCUCUCAUUGAUUUGUUACUUGGAUAAUAAAACCAUCUGAGUAACUAGUUGUGGAUAAUGAAACACAGUCUUGAGUAACUAGUUCUGUGAACUGCAAUAAUUUGCUUAUACAGAGACUAGUGGACUAUUCCUAAUGAACUGUGACUGACAAGGGAGUAUAACAAGAACACGAAUGUGUGCCUUUGGUAAUUCAUUCAAGAUUUAACACCCAUCACAUGGAGGUUACCCUCACCAAAGGCACUCCCUAUUUGAUAUUACCUCUUACUUUGGUAAUGUCACCCUACAAUCCCAGUGCUCUCUGAGCUCUGUCUCCCUGACAAUGUGGCCUGUCACUUCUCUUGGAGGUGACUCAGAAAUGGUAGAUAACGUAUUUUGGUUAAGCUCAGCUAAUGACGAUAGGUGGCAUUCUCUGGAACUGGCAAACACUGGCCAUUGCAUUACUGAUGCCAUGAGAGUUGAUGUUGGCAUGGUCUUUAAUGUGCAUAUCACCCAUUUAACUUAAUAUAAGGCAUGUAACACCCUAGUGUAGGCUUGACAGUUCAGCUCUCGCUCUUAACAACAGGAGGGGGGUAGGAUUCUUCAUAACCAGAGUUAGAAUGUUGCUAAGAAAGUUUGGAUAGCUCCAAAGCAAUAAUUAGAAAAUACUCCUAUGGUUAUCAUGAAUCCUGUCUCGCCUUGGUAUGUCAUAGCGCUAAGGUUAUUGCCUCGACAGGGCAAGGGCAGCAUCAGAAUUCAUAAUUUUUGUAGUUUCACAUUAAAACACCAAUUUGUAAUUUUUUCAUGGUAAAAUGGCAUUUUUUUUUUUUUUUCCUUUUCUCAGCCAGCAAUGUAGUUUCUCGAGGGUGUUUAGUAUUAAAGGCGGACAGUACGUAUGUUUGAGAAUAGGUAGGAAAGGGAAUUUUAAGUUUUCUUCUGAACUGACAUGUCCUGGAGAUGUAUGGUACACAUUUUAUGGGUAAUUAAUGGCAAUCAUAACAUUAUUCACACUGCAUUUUUUAUUCUAUUCAAACAUAUAUCUUUAUUUAACCAGAAUGGGAGGUUUAUUUUUCUUAUGGUGCUAAUGAAAGAAAAUUGUUCUUUUAAUAGCGUAUUGAUACACUUUACAUAAGUAUGCCAAAGUCUUAAAAAUUGUAUAUUGAUUUUUAAGCGUUUUAUGUCUGAUACGCAAAUGAAAUUUAUAAUUUAUAAAGUUUUCAGAGAAUUAUUUGGUUGAAUGAAAAAAAAUAGUGGGUGAACUGAAUCUUUGUUUGUUCACUAGGAUGUAUGGGUGGGUUGUAGUACCUUAGUAGUGUAAGACUUGGGAGAAAGAAACUGUUAUGUCAAUUCACAAAUUCUUUAGCCACAGUCAUCGUUCCUAAAUGUUGAAUGUGCCCCUUGUGCUAUAGGAACUAGGGUGUCCACCUUGGAAUUGAUGGGAGUGGAAAGCACCACAGACUAAGGGAUUCUUGGCUGUUUGCUCCUAAACAUUCAGCCUGACAACCAUAGUCUUAGUACUUGCCACUCCUCAUUAUAUUGAUGAACUUCAUGGUUGUCAAAAGGAAGCCAGACAUUGCCAGCCAUCUGCCAUUUCACAAACUCAUUUCUGCUCUAAAACUUUUUAAGAUCUUUGCUGUACCCUAAGCCCAAACUCCAUUUAAAUUAUGAUUUGGCAAAGUCUGGCACAGAGUUAGCAUUGACAACUUAUCCAGGUGAUUCCUUAUGCUGCUACUGCUGCUGCUAACACUGCUGCUGGCUUAUCUUACUGAAAGUUGGUAACGGGUUAAUCUGUCGUCACGGUUGUCACAUUAGCCAGGGGAGGAUGUUCUGAAGGAUCUUAAGCCAAUAAACGCAUUGGUCUAACACGCUUUCAAGUCUAAGGGUACAAAAUGCUGUAUGACCCUUGUUGGUUUAGCACUUUCUUUGAUUAUAAUUUAUACAGCAGUAUUAUAAGAGUCCACUUCCCCAAGAACUGAUCAUCAUAAGUAACUUGGGCAGGGAAAAUAGACUAUUUCUUGAAUCCCAACCUCCCUGCAACCAGUCUUUCACUUAUGAACUGUGGUCAGGCAUGAAAAAUUUUGAUGGAAAUUUUCUUAUGUAAAAGGACAAGUAUAACUAAUAUGACAUUUUAGUGUGGCAACAUUUCACUCUGCAGGAGCUUUGUCAAGCCAUUAUGGCUUGACAAAACUCCUGGAGAGCAAAAUGUUGCCACACUAAAAUGUCAGUUGUAUUUGUGGCCUGUUGCCUGAUUAUGUGAUCAUCCAUGAGAAGGGCAGCACUAUUUCCAGUCCAUUAUUAAUAAAAUUCAAGAGGAGCACUGAACCUGUAGGGGCCAUGAAGCACUAAAGAAUGGAAGGCAGUCUAAUUCAAUCCAAGGAAACAGAGGAUGGUUCCAAUUCUUUCACCAGUACUGAGGCAACUUGAUCCCUUCAAUGGAUGUACCUUGAUGCUGGUGAAGGACUUGUGGUUUUAAAGAAUUGGUACUCUCGUAUCAUCCCUUGGAUCAAAGCUGACUGCCUCCCAUUCCCUGGAAUUGUAUGACCCUGUAUGGGUUUAGCUCUCCCUCAUCAAUGUAUUAAUGUACUGUACAAAUAGUGCCCCUCCACCCUUGGAUUAUCAUAUGAUAAAAAUCAUAAAAAAUUUUCCAUCAACAUUGUCCAUGUUUGGUCACAGUGCCAGUUCAGCUAAUAUAUGCUCAAAACCUGGCAAAACAAGAUUUAUAAAACUUAGUUUUUAGGUCAUGGCUCAGUAACUCAUACAAAGCUAGUGGUAAUGUCUCUGAUUUCACUACAUUGUUUAGCACUUUUUGAUAAUAAUUCACUAUAUUUUCUAGUAUUAUCCUCCUCACAUAUUUGGGAAAUAGAAAAGACAAACUUUUGAUAAACUUUCACAGUACCAGUUAACAGUCAUCACAAACCUUGAAGUGUAUGUUGGUAUGUUACCUUACACAGUACCAGUUAACUUUACUCCUGUAGCUAUGAAUAGGUACACAGUUUAACUUUAGGUGCUCCAUGAAAUCCUCCCAACGGUUUACAGUACAAAAAAACCACAAUAUGUUUUUUAAGUGCCUUAGUGUCGUCUUGUAGCCAUGUAUAGUAACGACAGGUUUGUGCCCAAUUCCGCCUAUUAACAUUAGAUGGCGACAAUAAUUUCCACACUUCAUGGGUUGUUGCCUCUGAUGUUGCCCAAGGUUUCAUCUAUGACUAAAGUUCAGGUUUACCUUUGAAAAUCAAGGCUCUAGCCCAUGGUGUGUCCCUGAUAAUAAAGCUUUGUUUAGUGCUGCUCCACAUGGCUUUAGCUUCGAUAUGUUUGUCAUCCAAUCUAAAUAUUAUGAUUCCUUUCUGUUUAAUUUAUGGUAAUUUGUAUUCUGUGAAUAUGUACCUAGACAUUAUACCAGGUUCUUUCUCCCAUAUUUUAAGUAAUAAAUUAAAUGAAUGCUA